CGUCGCGGCCACUUUACCGCGAGAAUGCCGAGUCCCGCGGGCGGCGCACGCGCAGACCUGUCACGCCGGCUCCUCAGACCCCGCCCUCCACUCGCGGAUGCUCGGGAUGUUUGGAGUUACCAUGGAGCUUCAGGAGGCCAGCGAACGCAGUUCGUCGCCCGGGCAACCGGUUCGGACAAAAUCUGUUCUAGGUGGCGGCGGCGGCGGCGAUUGCAGCUGCGAUGGUGUCCAACCCCGUGCACGGCCUGCCCUUUCUCCCGGGCAUGUCCUUUACGGACUCCACGGCAACUCUUUCUGGCUGGGAAGUUCCCUCUUGGAUGGGAUGACACAGAAAACAGCAUUUCAUAGAAGCCAGACACUGGACUACAGGAAUGGCUAUGCAAUUGCUCGACGUCCAACAGUUGGGAUAGGCGGGACCCGGCUCCAGGUCAACCAGUUGUCCCAGGCUGACCUUGAUGAGUUAGCUAGCAAGGCACCAGUUAUAACUUAUGGCCCGCCUAAGCCGGCCCCACCUGCAAGUUUUAUUCCUGCGCAUGUCGCUUUUGACAAAAAGGUACUGAAAUUUGAUGCCUAUUUCCAAGAAGAUGUUCCUAUGUCAACUGAGGAGCAUUAUAGGAUCCGUCAAGUGAACAUUUACUACUACCUAGAGGAUGACAGCAUGUCUGUGAUAGAGCCCAUUGUGGAAAACUCUGGGAUCCCUCAAGGCAAGUUAAUCAAACGCCAGCGGCUAGCCAAGAAUGACCAGGGAGACCAUUACCAUUGGAAAGAUCUAAAUCGAGGAAUCAACAUUACAAUUUAUGGCAAAACUUUCCGCAUUGUUGAAUGCGACCGAUUCACACAGGUAUUUUUGGAAAGUCAAGGAAUUGAAUUAAAUCCUCCUGAGAAGAUGGCUCUCGAUCCUUACACUGAACUCCGGAAACAGCCUCUUCGUAAGUAUGUCACCCCAUCGGACUUUGAUCAACUCAAGCAGUUUCUCACCUUUGACAAACAAGUUCUUCGAUUCUACGCAAUCUGGGAUGAUACAGACAGCAUGUUUGGUGAAUGUCGGAACUACAUCAUUCAUUACUAUCUUAUGGAUGAUACAGUAGACAUUCGAGAGGUCCAUGAACGGAAUGAUGGGCGAGAUCCCUUCCCACUCCUGAUGAAUCGCCAACGCAUGCCCAAGGUUUUGGUGAAGAAUGGAAAGAACUUCCCUCGGUGUGUGCUGGAAAUCUCUGAUCAAGAGGUGUUGGAAUGGUAUACUGCCAAAGACUUCAUCGUUGGGAAGCCACUCACUAUCCUCGGGAGAACAUUCUUCAUUUAUGAUUGUGACCCAUUUACUCGACAGUAUUACAAAGAAAAGUUUGGAAUCUCCGAUUUACCACGUAUUGAUGUGAGCAAGAAGGAACCACCUCCUGUAAAACAGGAAUUACCUCCCUAUAAUGGUUAUGGACUAGUUGAAGACUCUGCUCAGAAUUGCUUUGCUCUCAUUCCAAAAGCUCCGAAAAAAGAUGUUAUUAAAAUGCUAAUGCAUGAUAAAAAGGUGCUUCGUUAUUUGGCUGCGCUGGAAUCCCCCUUCCCAGAAGAUAAAGAUCGCAGAUUUGUCUUCUCUUAUUUUCUAGCCACCGACAUGAUCAGUAUCUUUGAGCCUCCCGUUCGCAAUUCUGGUAUCAUUGGGGGCAAGUACCUCGGCAGAACUAAAGUUGUCAAACCACAUUCUUCAAUGGAAAACCCCAUCUACUAUAGCCCUAGUGACUUCUUCAUUGGUGCUGUGAUUGAGGUGUUUGGCCACCGGUUUAUCAUCCUUGAUACGGACGACUAUGUUUUGAAAUAUAUGGAGAGCAAUGCUUCCCAGUAUUCACCCGAAGCACUCUUGUCAAUUCAGAACCGUAUUCGAAAGCAAGAAGCUCCUGCAGCAGAAUUGGAAACCAGCAAGCACGCUGAAGCGGAUCCCGCCGCGCAGGAACUGGAAGCGGUGAUAGACACAGUCCAGGGGCAACUGAAAGAUCACCCGUGCAAAGGCAGCAUUCGCGAGGCUUUCCAAACCUGGCACAAGGAUGCUUCGGGAUAUGUGGACAAAGAGACAUUCUUUAAAAUCUGUGACUCUCUUAAUGUACCAGUGGAUGAUUCCUUGAUUAAGGAGUUAAUCAGGAUGUGCUCUCACGGAGAAGACAAGAUUAACUACUAUGAGUUUGUUCGUGCUUUCUCAGACUGACCUGGCUGAUGAGAGAUGCAAUGCAAGUUUUUGAGGUUGGACCUACACUUUGAAAUAUACCUGGUACUCUUUGUAGAGGCAUUUACACCGCUGUUGAAAAAAAAAUUUUUGUGUGUGUUCUUAUAUUUCACUACUACUGAAAUCUAAAUUAAAUUGGAUCUUGUAGGAGCUAAGAUUGGUGCCUUAUUCAGGAAGGUAGGGGUGUUAAUUUUAUGUGUCAAGUUGACUGGGCCUUGGGGUGCCUAGACAUGGUCAAAUAGUACAUCUGGGUGUUUCUGGAUGAGGUUAAUAGUUGAAUUGGUAGACUGAGUAAAGGAGAUCGUCUUCUCCAAUGUGGAUGGGCCUCACCCAACUCGUCGAAGGCCUGAAUAGAACAAAAAGACUGACCCUUCCCCAAGUAAGAGUGAAUUCCCCCUGCCUGCCUUCAAACUGCGACACCAGCUUUUUCCCGCCUUCUGAUUCAAGCAGAAGCAUGGGCUCUUCCUGGGUCUUGAGCCUGCUGGCCUUCAGGCUGGAACUACACCAUCAGCUCUCCUGGGUCUCCAGCUUGCUAACUACAGAUCUCAGGACUUGUCAGCCUCCAUCAUCACAUGAGCC